AUGGGUAACGUUAUUUCUACGAUUGAACGUCCCCUGGUUUCAUGGCUGGCGGGUACUCAACCCCCACCCAGGAAUUCUACUAAAAAAGAAUUCAGAAAACAGCCAAACAUCCAGCCUUCUACGGACAGGUAAGUGGAUAGCGGCUGCAGGUAUAUUAGAAGAUGGGGGUCAGAGUUUGAUAAAGAGUAGAAUAAAGGAUGGUUUGUUAAUGGGCAUCAUUUCUAUAAAUAACACAGCUUUCCUGUAGAUUGAAUUGUGUUGUCACUAUAUGAAUGGGAGUAAAAUCCUUAAAAUGUGAAUUUGUGUUUGAUACUUGUUAUUUUUCCUAACUGAUGAGAUAAACAAUGAACACAACAAUGAAUGUGUAGCUUAGCCCAUUUGUAGUGAUUGAUAUAAAAUAAGCGGGCAUUAUACACGGGGUGCAAAAAAAACAAAAAGGAAAAUAUAUAGGAAUUAAUAAAGGUGUUUUGAGUCCAUAAUCAGACAGCACCAUCCUGGGAUGAAAUGAGUCUUGAAGAAUUUCACAGGUUUUACACAUUAAAUCAAAUUAUUUAACCACUAUAAUACAACCCAAAUAACAAUGCAUAAUAUAUAAUGAUUUAUUUUAUCAUCUCCUAAACACACUCAGUUAUUUCAAACACAAAACAUCAAAUGUGUGAAAUUUGAAACUUCACUAAUCAUUUUCUCUUUCCUAAACAGGCUACCUCUUAAGUCAGAGCCCCAGACAUUCCCCCAAUUAUCAUCUAAUCUGGAUAUUUCUCCAGAAACUGAGAAGGGGAAGAGAUGGGAGCCACGGGAGCAGAAUGGUGGGUUUGUGGCAGAAAUUCUAAAAUGUUGCCAACAAGGCACAGAGAGACGUCGCCUUCCCCCUUCUGUUACAUCUAAAUUUGCUGUGCUUGAUAAAAGGUAAAUACUAUAUGAUCACAUUAACAAAUUGCGAUAAUAACCUCUAGGCUGGGUGCUGGAAGAAUUAGCCUGACCUUUUUUGUUUUUGUGUUUUUGUUCAAAAGCUUUAGACAUUAUGAUACCUAUGUCAGAUAUAGAAAAGAGGAGAAGAAACCUGAUGUACCACACUAUAUUCGGGUGACUCCAAAAAAAUCCAACUUGGAAAUUCGUUAUGCUCGACCACCUAGGUAAGUGUAUCAUGAGACACAAAAUGACUGACCAUAAUCCUACAAGGUUAUCCAAAUAAAACUGCAGGGUCCUCAGUAAUCCAAUACCCUGGUUCUCUCACUGGCUGUCUGUGUACACAGGAAACCAAUGAGAGAAGAUCCACAGAUAGAGAAAGAUGUCAAUGGUCUUUCUGAGCCAACAUCACAAAUUUCUGAGGAGUACUACAGCAACUUGACUUACCAGGAAUUACCUAAUUUCUAUAAGAUAUGUAUUUUAAUAUAAACAGAAGCUUUAAUGGUACAAAUUAGAAUAUUUACUGAAAUUACUGAAACCAGAAUGUAAUGUGCGUAACAUAAAUGAUCUGAUAGUGUCACUAUAAGCUGUGCAAUAAUGACUGAUAGAUAACGAGUGAUAGGGUAGCUGAUGGACUGAAAGUGAGAGGAAAGCUGACGAGGAAUAAGAUAAGUGACAAAAUGGGCUGAUGGAUGGAAAGGGAGAAAAGGAUAUAAUUGUUAGAACUGUAUUUUAACGUUUCCUAUUUUAAUUGCAGGGACCCAUUCCUAUUCUCUAAGGUGAAGCCUAAAUUACUUCCAAAACAAUACAAAACAACUAAAAAGGCUGAAAGUGUAAAUUAUUGUGCAGAGUGUCAUAAACAGGAUAAUAUUCUACAGCCUGCACCUGUCACAAGUCUAGAGGAUAUUCCUUAUCAGCCUUCUGCGGACAGGUAAGUGGACAGUUGCUGCAGGUAUAUUAAAUGGGGUUAUUGGAAGAUGGGGAUCAGAGUUCGAUAGAGAUUAGAAUAAAGGAUGAUUUGUUAAUGGGCAUCAUUUCUGGAAUUUGAAAUAAAAUAAAAUAAGCAGACAUGAUAUACAGGGGUGUUAAAAAAAAAAAAAAAGUAAAAUAUAUUGGAAUUAAAGGGACACCCUAGUCACCAGAACAAUUACAGCUUAAUGUAGUGGUUCUGGUGUCUAUAGUCUGUCCCUGCAGGUUUUUUUAGUGUAUAAAAUGUGUUUACAUUGCUCCUUAGGGUCACUUCCAGUGGCAGUCACUCAGACAGCCACUAUAGGUGCUUCCUGUGGCAGUGCUGCAGAGUGUGUAGCACUGACAUUCAGCAUCUCCACUCUCUGCAUGGAGACACUGAACAUUCUUAUCAAGACGCAUCAAUUUAUGAUUGGCCAUGGCAGCAUUGCCUUCGUCCCCAGCAUGCCUCCUUGGCUGAGAUAAUCAAAAUUGACUAACUCAGUCAAUCCAAUUCUUUCUUAAGGUAAAGCAUUGGAUUGGCUGAGAUAAUCAAUUCUGAGUUGGAAAAAAGGUGAGAUUUAACCUUUACUGUAGGGGGGCUAAGGCCCUAAAUAGUGAUAUUAAAACUAUAGUGUCAGGAAUACAUAUUUGUGUUUCUGACACAAUAAUGCCUUAUUAAUUAAAUGUGUUUUGACACCCCAAAUAGACAGCACCAUCCUGGGAUGAAAUGCAGGAUGUAAUUAGUCCAGACGUAUCAAAGGUUUUACACAUCAAAUUGAAUUAUUUAAUCAUUACAAUACAACCCAAAUAGCAAUGCAUAAUAUCUAAUGGCUUCUUGUAUCAUCUCCUAAACACACUCUGUUAUUCCAGAAAUAUAACAUCAAUUUAUUAAUGACCUUUUUGUUUUCUGGUGGUUUUUUUUUCAAAUUCUUUAGACAUUAUAAUAACUAUGUCAGAUUUGGCAAAAAGGAGAAGAUUCCCGAUGUACCAUACUAUAUUCGGGUGACUCCACGAGAAACUAACCAACUAAUGACAUGUGCUCGGCCACCUAGGUAAGUGUAUCAUGAGACACAGAAUGACCGACCAUAAUCUUAUAAGGUUAUCCAAAUAAACCUUCAGUGUCCUCAGUAAACCAAUAUCUUGGUUCUCUCACUGGCUGUCUGUGUACACAGGAAACCAAUGAGAGAAGAAACACAGAUAGAGAAAGAUGUCAAUGCUCUUUCUGAGCCAACAUCACAAAUCUCAAAUUGGAAUAUUUAAUCAUUACAAUACAACCCAAAUAGCAAUGCAUAAUAUCUAAUGGCUUCUUGUAUCAUCUCUUAAACACACUCUGUUAUUCCAGAAAUAUAACAUCAAUUUAUUAAUGACCUUUUUGUUUUCUGGUGUGUUUUUCUUCAAAUUCUUUAGACAUUAUAAUAACUAUGUCAGAUUUGUCAAAGAGGAGAAGAUUCCCGAUGUACCAUACUAUAUUCGGGUGACUCCAAGAGAAACUAACCAACUAAUGACAUGUGCUCGGCCACCUAGGUAAGUGUAUCAUGAGACACAGAAUGACCGACCAUAAUCUUAUAAGGUUAUCCAAAUAAACCUUCAGUGUCCUCAGUAAACCAAUAUCUUGGUUCUCUCACUGGCUGUCUGUGUACACAGAAAACCAAUGAGAGAAGAAACACAGAUAGAGAAAGAUGUCAAUGCUCUUUCUGAGCCAACAUCACAAAUCUCAAAUUGGAAUAUUUAAUCAUUACAAUACAACCCAAAUAGCAAUGCAUAAUAUCUAAUGGCUUCUUGUAUCAUCUCCUAAACACACUCUGUUAUUCCAGAAAUAUAACAUCAAUUUAUUAAUGACCUUUUUGUUUUCUGGUGUGUUUUUCUUCAAAUUCUUUAGACAUUAUAAUAACUUUGUCAGAUUUGGCAAAGAGGAGAAGAUUCCCGAUGUACCAUACUAUAUUCGGGUGACUCCACGAGAAACUAACCAACUAAUGACAUGUGCUCGGCCACCUAGGUAAGUGUAUCAUGAGACACAGAAUGACGGACCAUAAUCCUAUAAGAUAUACAUACAAUAUAAGGUGGAGUAUAUAAAUAGGAGUUCUUCCAAAUACAAUUUUCUUGUAUAUUGGCAGAACAAUUAGACCUUUAAAAGUGAGAAUAGCGGAACAUAUUAAGAAUAUACGAAAUUGCUUAGAGACCCACAAUGUAUCAUUACACUUUAAACAGGUCCACGACCAAAACCCUGAAAAUUUGUUCUUUUGUGCAAUAAAAGAAAUAAAAAGAGAUUGGAGAGGGGGAAACUAUAUUAAAACUUUAGGGAAAGAAGAAAUGAGUUUUAUUUUUCGAUUUAAAACUCUGAUACCAUAUGGACUUAAUGCAGAUUUUGAAGUAUGUCAUUUUUAAUAAAUCAAUCUUUAACAUAUUAUUUUUUAUUCGGUAUUUUACAUUAUAUUUUAUUAUAAUACAUUAAAUUUUAAACAAAUGGCCCUUUUAUCAUAUAUUUAUAGAAUUCUCUUUCUUCUUUCUUAUUAAAUUUAUAAUUAAUUUAUAUAUAUAUUUAUAACAUCUGUCUGUAUUUAUAUAUAUAAUACAAAACAUAAAAAGCCUUUAUGAAAUACAUAUUUUUAAACACCUCUAUUAGUGUAAGGGGAAAAUUAGAAGAGAACAGAUCCUUACAUAUGUUUUUACAUAAAGUCCUCAAAUGUAUUUUAGGAAGGAGGUUAUUAUUAUAAACCCCAUUACAAGCCAUCUCAUAUGAGAGGUAAUUGAAUUAUAAAGGCUUUUUAUGUGUAUUUACUGGAUUAAUUAUUUUUAUUAAUUGAGAUGUUGAACUCUGAUGAAAGAUACCGGACUUUGGAAAAGAAGUGUCUCUAAAUAAGUCACGUGACGUUCGCGAUGUAUGGAGCGCGCCACGUGACAUUUGCGUUCCACGGAUGGAACGCAAAGGCCGCAAACCGGAAGAGGAAGAGAAAUCAAAGAUACUGAUGUUGUGGAACGCAUUACGUGACACGUGCGUUCCACAGGUGGAACGCAAAAACCAGGAAGAAGAAGUAAAAAUGAAUCCCUAAUCACUAGGGAAGCCGGAAGGGGUGAAAAGAACAGCCAAAAGGGAGGAUAUUUAAAUGGACCACCAGGAGAUUACAAUUAGCAACUGAGGAAGCCUCAUAUUGAGGCGAAACGCGUUUUGCAAACAACCAUAAGGACUACCUUCAGACUGUAAGGUUUUUUUACUCACUUCUAAAGCUUUUAAAAAAAUUUGUGCACUUUAUUGAAUAAAGCACUUUAUUGUUUUGAGAAGAGAUCCUGUUAUUGAGAUAUCCCAGAUUAUAACAAGAAGGGAGUGGGCCCCUUAAGUACCCACAGUGCUUCAAUUUUUGAGCCUAUCCAGAGGCUCUAUGUUUGUGAGUGCUUCACUAUCUAUAUACUACAAUAAUAUAUUGAGUAUUGGCAAUAUUGCACUAUUCCUUUUUCCCUAUUUGUGUUCAAACCUAGGGAACUACUAAAGGACAUUAUCCUGUUGAAAAUUGUAUUUGGAAGAACUCCUAUUUAUAUACUCCACCUUAUAUUGUAUGUAUAUCUUUGGGUUUUUGUGGGAAUAGAGGGAAUACCCACAUAAGGUAUUUAGAGUAUUUUUGGCAUUUUGGUUUCACUCACUGGGAUAUUGCAACACCACAUAAUCUUAUAAGGUUAUCCAAAUAAACCUUCAGUGUCCUCAGUAAACCAAUACCCGGGUUCUCUCACUGGUUGUCUGUGUACACAGGAAACCAAUGAGAGAAGAAACACAGAUAGAGAAAGAUGUCAAUGUUCUUUGUGAGCCAACAUCGCAAAUCUCAAAUUGGAAAAUUUAAUCAUUACAAUACAACCCAAAUAGCAAUGCAUAAUAUCUCAUGGCUUCUUGUAUCAUCUCCUAAACACACUCUGUUAUUCCAGAGAUAUAACAUCAAUUUAUUAAUGACCUUUUUGUUUUCUGGUGUGUUUUUCUUCAAACCCUUUAGACAUUAUAAUAACUAUGUCAGAUUUGGCAAAGAGGAGAAGAUUCCCGAUGUACCAUACUAUAUUCGGGUGACUCCACGAGAAACUAACCAACUAAUGACAUGUGCUCGGCCACCUAGGUAAGUGUAUCAUGAGACACAGAAUGACUGACCAUAAUCCUAUAAGGUUAUCCAAAUAAACCUUCAGUGUCCUCAGUAAACCAAUACCCUGGUUCUCUCACUGGCUGUCUGUGUACACAGGAAACCAAUGAGAGACGAACCACAGAUAGAGAAAGCUGUCAAUGUUCUUUCUAAGCCAACAUCACAAAUCUCAAAUUGAAUUAUUUAAUCAUUACAAUACAACCCAAAUAGCAAUGCAUAAUAUCUAAUGGCUUCUUGUAUCAUCUCCUAAACACACUCUGUUAUUCCAGAGAUAUAACAUCAAUUUAUUAAUGACCUUUUUGUUUUCUGGUGUGUUUUUCUUCAAACCCUUUAGACAUUAUAAUAACUAUGUCAGAUUUGGCAAAGAGGAGAAGAUUCCCGAUGUACCAUACUAUAUUCGGGUGACUCCACGAGAAACUAACCAACUAAUGACAUAUGCUCGGCCACCUAGGUAAGUGUAUCAUGAGACACAGAAUGACCGACCAUAAUCCUAUAAGGUUAUCCAAAUAAACCUUCAGUGUCCUCAGUAAACCAAUACCCUGGUUCUCUUACUGGCUGGCUGUGUACACAGGAAACCAAUGAGAGAAGAACCACAGAUACAGUGAUCACAAAUCACUGAGGAGUACUACAGAAAGUGACUUACCAGGCAUUACCUAAUUUCUAUAAGAUAUGUAUUUUAAUAUAAACAGAAGCUUUAAUGGUACAAAGUAAACUAUUUACUGGAAUUACUGUAACCAGAAUGUAAUGUGCGUAACAUAAAUGAUCUGAUAGGGUCACUAUAAGCUGUGCAAUAAUGACUGAUAGAUAACGAGUGAUGGGGUAGCUGAUGGACUGAAAGUAAGAGGAAAGCUGAAGAGGAAUAAGAUAAGUGACAAAAUGGGCUGAUGGAUGGAAAGGGAGAAAAGGAUAUAAUUGUUACAACUGUAUUUUAACUUUUCCUAUUUUUUAAUUGCAGAGACCAAUUCCUAUUCUCUAAGGUAAAGCCUACAUUACGUCCAAAACAAUAUAAAACAACUAAAAAGGCUACAAAUGUCCAAGAAAAAGAAGUAGACAAAAAAGAACUGGAAAAUGAAAAAAAGUAUUCUGCAGAGUAUUGUAAACACAAUAUUAUUCCACAGCCUGAAGCGGUCACAAGUGUAGAGGAUAUUCCCUGUCACUUGCUGCAGGCAAGGUCUCUAGAGCCUACAGAGGUUAUCACACAUCUAGAAGACAACACUUCUCUAGAAUGCCCUGUUUCUACUAUUGAACCUCAUUCAAGUGGAUUGACAGAGGAGUUGCCAGUAAACCUUGGUCAGCCACAGUCCACUUUACAUUGUCCACCUGAGUCUGCAAAUCUAGAUUCUCAGAACCCAGUUACAGUUAUUUUACUACAGUCCAGCUUUCUAGAGCCUACAGAGGUUAUCACACAUCUAGAAGACAACACUUCUCUAGAAUGUCCUGUUACUACUAUCGAACCUCAUACAAGUGGAUUAACAGAGGAGUUGCCAGUAAACCUUGGUCAGCCACAGUCCACUUUAGGUUGUCCAUGUGAGCCUACAAAUCUAGAUUCUCAGAACCCAGUUACAGCUAUUUUACUACAGCCUACCUCUCUAGAGCCUACAGAGGUUAUCACACAUCUAGAAGACAACACUUCUCUAGAAUGCCCUGUUACUACUAUCGGACCUCAUACAAGUGGAUUGAUAGAGGAGUUGCCAGUAAACCUUGGUCAGCAACAGUCCACUUCGGAUUGUCAACCUGAGCCUAUGAACCAAGAUUCCCGGGAGGCUGUCAAAGAUCAAGAUCCAGGUAUUCUGUUAGUGGGCCCAGUUUGUCAUGCCAAAUCAGGCACUAGUGAAAUGUCAGAGGAGCUGCCAGUAAACCUUGGUCAGCCACAAUCCACUUUGGAUUGUCAACCUGAGCCUAUGAAUCUACAUUCUCGGGAGGCUGUCAAAGAUCAAGAUCCAGGUAUUCUUCUAGUGGGCCCAGUUUGUCCUGCCAAAUCAAGCACUGGUGAAAUGUUAGAGGAGCUACCAGUAAGCUCUGACAUUGUGAGUUAUCACUCCAAAACUACUUUGGAUUGCCCCACUGUUCAGCCAGAGGAGUUGCUUCUAUUCAAUCAAAAGGUUACGCUUGAGCAGGAACAAAGUGAGAUGAAGAAUAAUCAGCCAGGAAAACAUGUGUGUCUGAGAAGUGACCAUGAAGAGCAGCCAUUGCCAGAAGACAAAGAAAAAGAGCCACCUGGUGAGGCUGAUAUAGUUGAAAAGAAAAGUCAAGACCUUCCAGUACCUGUACUCCAAGAGAAGAAAAAUAUUGAAUCAAAGGUGGAAAGGAUACACUACGACAGGGAAUCUUUACUUAAAUUCAAAUCUAUAACACAAGAGCCAAGGGAUUUGUCUGAGAUUGCAAAACUCUACCAAGGUAUGCUCAUUAGACCUCACCUUCGACCAGUAGAUCCAUCACGAUUUACCAACAGGAAAUGUACACCUCUAACUGCAAAUUUCAUCCACCCUGCUAAGGAUAAUUACAGACUGCCAUGUGGAAUGGGCCAAAUGAGGUCUCCGCAAGCUCCUGGUACAGAACUUCGCAAAAUCCUUCAAGUAAGUGAGAAUGUAAAACCGCAUACAUCUGAAAAGGCUUGGAAACCUCCCAUGAAAAGAGCAAAUGAAGAUCACACUCUUGCCAAGGCUCAAGAAUUGGUUCGCAAAGUUCGCAGCAUUCUUAAUAAAAUCACACCUCAGACAUUCCAGCACUUAACCAAGCAGGUGAAAGACCUCUCUAUACAUACAGAAUAUCAACUGAAAGGUGUUGUAGAAGUCAUAUUUGAAAAAGCAGUAGCAGAGCCACAUUUUGCUGUUGUAUACGCCAGCAUGUGCAACUGGCUAAUGAUGCUUGAGGUCCCAACGGAAGACAACCCUGAAGAAAGCAUUACAUUCCGUAGGCUGCUAAUAAGACUCUGCCAGAAGGAGUUUGAGAGAGUUGAAAAUGGGAAUGAAAGAACUGAGAAACUGCAAAAGGAACUGGAUGCUGCCACGUCACCGAGAGAAAAGGCCCUACUAAAAGAAGAAUUAAGUGAUGCUUGUAAUAAAGCACGCAGGCGAUACCAAGGAAACAUCAAAUUUAUUGGGGAGCUAUUUAAAUUAAAAUUACUCUCAGAGGACACCAUGAAAGACUGCCUAAUGAAACUACUAAACAGGAACAGCGAGGAGUCAUUGGAAUGUAUCUGCAUUUUGCUCACUACAACUGGAAAAUCCUUGGAAAAUGGACAGUGUCGCUUGGACAACUAUAUCAGCAAGAUUGACAUCUUUAUUAAAAACCAGAAAACCUCUUCGCGGAUUCGGUUUUUGGUGCAGGAUAUGAUGGAAUUAAGAAAAAAUAACUGGGUACCUCGACAUAAAUCCCAGGGACCGAAAACAAUAGAGCAAAUUCAUAAAGAGGUAGAACUGGAAUCUAGACGAAAAGAGCAGUGAAACAAACAAAAAGGCUACUCAUUGCAAGGACACAUGGAUAAACACAACGUAUGAACAGGGACAAGGCUGCAGAUUCCUUCACAUAAAUACAUUCAAAAUCAUUCAGGCAGCAACACCAACUUUUAUGCACAAAGAAACACAUAUACACAAGCACAAACAUUUAUCAAAGACAAAUUCAGACAAUCAUGCAAAGUCAAACACAAACAGUCAUACACUGCCUAUCGGCAGCUCUAACACUUGAGCAAACAAAAUAUUUAUUCAGAUACAAAGGCAAUCCCAUGUUAUGAAACAAACACAUUAACGGUGGCAUAAAAACAUGAUUUAGAAUUACACUUGGUAGUUUCAUCAUUGCCAAAUAAAAUACACAGUGAAACUCACAUUAACAACAUGCAUGGUUCACUGGCCUUCACACUUAUCAGAACCACUAUUGUUUUCCUAC